AGCAACAGCUUCUGCCUUCUGACAGAUACCAAGCGUGGCCACCAAUUGCUCCGGGUGCUCCUGCCUACAGCUGUCGCAGUAGGGACGGACAAGACACAUGUUUCUUCAUCAGCCAUUGCCAAUCUUUACUCUUCAUGGCUCAUAUUUAUAUGGCUUUCUGAAGGCAUUGUGUUUCAUUCUAAUUGGUUAGUAACUUUCUGCAACUCAGUUCAUUGGUUAGUAGUUGCUCCUGUACGUGCUUGCAAAGACUUUCUUCUCUAAGAGAUGUUUACAUUCUUGUCUCCUAGGAAGAAGAUGUUUCGCACAAUUAUGAGUCCUUCAUUUUCACAGGUGCAAUUCCUUUCUCAUGGGAACUUGUCAGGCUAGCUGUUAGCUGCACCCAGCUGAAGAAGCAGGCCUGAGCCAUGCUUUUACAAGGCCUUUCUUUUGUAAGGAUUUACCCCUAUGAAUCAAAUAGCCAGCUGCAGAAAGGAUCACACAGACACCAACGCACGUUGGCUUUGGCUGCCCUCUGGCACAGAAGUCCCCCGGGGCCACAGCUUUCUGUGGCAGGAGACAGGCACCAGCAUUGGCAGGGCUUGGGGGGCGGCUGGUCUCCUUUGGCAGGGACUCUGCCACACCUGCUGAUGUCAGCGCUCGCCAGGAGUCAGAGCAGCAUUCGUGCUCUGGGCCACACGUCCCAGGGUGUCUGUGUCACACCCCUGCGCGUAUGAGGGCCACCCAGCACCGGGACUGGUCCCAAAGAGGCCCUGGCAGCUUCUGUAGAAGCUCCAGGUGCCCUUCCUGCUUCAGCUCUGUUGGCAGCUGUGGGGGCUCAUUCUGCUGCCCUGAGCAGACAGAGCAGAGGAGCAGCUGCUUGUUGUUUGGGCCGUUCCUGAAGUUCCUGUUGGGUUGUGUCUUCAGCACUUGGGGGAAGGUCUUCCUUGCAAGCUGGGGCAGUUUGGGUGGGCUGGGGGUGUCCCCAGGGCACGUGGAGGUGUGUCCUAGGGCUCUUUGUGACACAGUGCACCAUGGUCACCGUGGAAGGGAAAGGGACUGAGUGCGCAAGGGUGACCCUUUGUGACACGUCGUGACAUGGGUGCUGGCGGUGACACGGCAACGCCUCGGUGCACACAACGGGAGAGGACGGAACGCAGCAGUGCUGUGAGGAGCCCCCACACAGCCAGCUCGUUCCUUGCUGACCCGGAGCUUUUCCAAGGUGUUUUCUGUGCAGUUGACAUCGAGGCCGGACUGCAGGAUUCGGUGACCCGGAGCAUUUCCGAAGCAUCUGCCAUCCCUGCGGCCGGUGCCCUCGAGAACGGACUGCAGGACUUGCUGUCCCGUUUCUUUUCUGAGACUUCUCUCUUGCUGGUGCCCUCGAGGACAGCCUACAGGACUUGGUUUCCUGUAGCUUUCCCAGCCUUCCCGAGGCUCCUCUGUUGCAGGUGCCUUCCAGGCACAACUGCAGCACUUGCUCAUCUGGAGCUCUUCCCAGGCAUCUCUCCUGCAAGCAGUCAUAACACCAGUGACAUGGAGCAGACACCUCCCAGCGUGCCCAAGCUGGCCUGGCUGGAGGAAGAGGAGGAGGCUGGAGCUACCUCAGCACAGCAGCCUGAAGAGCUGGAGCAGUUCCAGCUGCUGCAGGAGGAUGCAGCCAAGGACCGGACACAAGAACAGAAACCCGCCCGUGGCUGCUUCCGCAGAACAGCGCAGAUGAUCUGUGAAUUCAUCACGUGCGUUUGGCAGGAAGAGACCACAGGUGUGGGCACCGGGGUCUUGGCAAACUUUCACCUCUUCAGUGCCGAGACCAGUGCUGCCAUGCUGGAUUUGCUUGUGGAGAAGGGUGUCUCCAAUCCAAAGCAAGUGCCAGCCAUGGUGAGGUACAUCCACCGGUGGCUCACGGCCAACGGGUCUGCUGGGCACAGGCUGGACAAGGCCCUUCUGGAGCUGACCAAGGAAUACCCCUCUGAUGUGCUGAUCACUCUCUUGCGCUGGGCCCCAUCGUGUGACAGAGCUGCCAUGACCAUGUGGGGCACCAUCAUGUCCUCGAGCAGGACUGCGGAGCCGGCGCUGCAGAUCCUCCUCCAUGUGCUGAGCGCCUGGCCAGUGGACAGCGUGUACACCUCCGAUGGGGACAGCACAGGAGUCUUUGCCCUGGCUGCAACCAUGACACUGUGGAGGGUCUUCAAUCUGACCUGGUGCCCCCUCUUUGCACUGCAGACCCUGAAGGCCCUGCUCUGCCGAAUGCGCUAUGAGCACGUGGUGGUAGCCAUGGAACGCAAGUGUGCCUGGGACACCCUGCUCUGUGCCGAUAGCCACCACUAUGCAGUGGGUCUGCUGGCCAGGGAGAUGCGCCGUGUCUCCAUCAUCUGGUGUUGCAGCAUCGCAUCCUGCCUCUUUGACCUGCUCAGCCAAGACAUUUCGGACUGGGAACUGCCCGCCCUGGCGUUCCUCGUGGAGGUCCUCGACUGCCUGGACUUGAAUGAAUGCGGUGAAAACGUCCUGCAGAUCAUGACGAGGCACCUGCAGAGCAAGUCCAGGCAGGUGCGUCGUCUGGCGCUCAGAGGCCUCGUGGUGCUCAGCAAGGACCCCUCGAUGGCCUUGGGCCUCUGA